AUGAACCACCAAAAAAGGAACCGCAGACGCACGAGGAAGACCCGCCAUGGCCACAGGGACAACUCCCUGUGGUUGUGGGAGAAGCCAGAGACGCCGGAGGAGGAAGCUCGGCGUCUCUGCGCUUAUUCCGGCUACGCCCCUCCGGUACACCCGUUGAGAGGGGAGUAUGCCUGGAGAGGCGAUUGGGGGGCUGACUCCCUCUCCCCGGACGACGAGGAUGUGGUGUAUGGGAGAGUGGAGGAAGACCCCCCGGUGGCGCAAACCCGGAGGUCGCCCCAAGACUUUUUUGGGGGGGUGCUAUGGGGCGUGGACCAGUGGGGUGGUGUCAAGCCCCUCAGCCGGCAGGAGGAGGGGGUCGUCAAGGAGCUCCUACAGGAGAUGCAGAGGACGGAGAGGACGGGCCGUAGGAGGGGAGGCCAGAGGAGGAAGCAGCAGCCCGCUCCCCCGGCUCCUGCUCCUCCACCGGCUCCUAUUCCCCCGCCGGCUCCCCCGGCUCCUGCUCCUCCGCCGGCUGCCGACCUGCCGCCGGCUCCUAUUCCUCCGCCGGCUCCCCCGUCUCCUGCUCCUCUGCCGGCUGCCGACCUGCCGCCGGCUCCUAUUCCUCCACCGGCUCCCCCAUCUCCUAUUCCUCUGCCGGCUCCUGUUCCUCCACCGGCUCCCCUGUCUCCUAUUCCUCCGCCGGCUCCCCCGGCUCCUACUCCUCCGCCGGCUCUCCCGCCGGCUCCGGACCCUCCGCCGGCUCCCCCGGCUCCUGCUCCUCCACCGGCUCCUAUUCCCCCGCCGGCUCCCCCGUCUCCUAUUCCUCUGCCUGCUCCUGUUCCUCCGCCAGCUCCCCCGGCUCCUACUCCUCUGCCGGCUCUUCCGCCGGCUCCGGACCCUCCGCCGGCUCUUCCGCCGGCCCUUCCGCCGGCUCCGGACCCUCCGCCGGCUCCCCCAGCUCUUGCUCCUCCACCGGCUCCUGCUCCUCCGCCGGCACCUACUCCUCCGCCGGCUCUUCCGCCGGCUCCUGACCCUCCACCGGUUUCCCCGUCUCCUACUCCUCCGCCGGCUCUUCCGCAGGCUCCUGACCCUCCGCCGGCUCCCCCGUCUCCUAUUCCUCCGCCGGCUCCCCCGACUCCUACUCCACCGCCGGCUCUUCCGCCGGCUCCGGACCCUCCGCCGGCUUCCCCGGCUCCGAACCCUCCGCCGGCUUCCCCGGCUCCUGCUCCUCCGCCGGCUCCUAUUCCCCCGCCGGCUCCCCCGUCUCCUGCUCCUCCGCCGGCUCCUACUCCUCCGCCGGCUCUUCCGCCGGCUCCUGACCCUUCGCCGGUUUCCCCAUCUCCUGCUCCUCCGCCGGCUCUUCCGCCGGCUCCGGACCCUCCGCCGCCUCCCCCGGCUCCUGCUCCUCCGCCGGCUCCCCCGUCUCCUGCUCCUCCGCCGGCUCUUCCGCCGGCUCCUGACCCUCCGCCGGUUUCCCCGUCUCCUAUUCCUCCACCGGCUCCUGCUCCUCCGCCGGCUGUCGACCCUCCGCCGGCUCCCCCGGCUCCUGCUCCUCCGCCGGCUCUCGACCCUCUGCCGGCUCCCCCGAUGGUGAUUAUAGACCUCCAUCUCUCCAUUGAUUCACCUAUCACCUUUCCACAUCAACAGCAGACACAGAGCCUGUACUAA